AUGAGCGCUCGAAACAGGAAGAUCAACGCAGAUCUAACACGAUGUUCACAUGAGAGAAGGGGCACAGAAUCACAGUCGCAGUUGCAGGGCGGGCAAGUGGCUGAGGCGGAGGCCGAGGCCAAUCCCUCCAUUAAGUGCCAGUACAGAGGGGGCCCCACUAUGUAUGCCGCCAAGCAAAUCGCCAUUAAACCAAGAGCUGCCUUCACAAACCUAAUGCAAAAGAAGAAGAAGAGAGCGACUACGAAUCGGAAGUUCUGCUCUGCUUAUGGAAAACCGAAUCCAGGCAAAGAAGGAGAAAUAGCAUUUUGA